AUGGCCACACCUGCAGAGGACAUCCAGCAGCCCCAGUCAGCACUCACCAAGGACCCAUCCAUCCACGCAAAGGUCAUCGAUGGCACAGCUGUAUCAAAGUCAAUCAUCGCUAGCGUCGUCGCACGCAUCAGUCAGAAGCAGGCGAGGUUCUCCUCAUUCCAACCACGUCUCGCCAUCGUACAACGUGGAGCUCGUGCAGACUCGGCUGUCUACGUCCGCAUGAAGGCAAAGGCUGCGGCCGAGUGUGGAUUCGCGUUCACCCACAUCCACCUCCCCGCUGAUGCGACCGAAGCAAUAGUCACCCAAGAGGUCCAACAGCUCAACGAUGAUCCCAAGGUAUCUGGUAUCCUCGUCCAGCUCCCACUUGGCGAGGGUAUCGACGCUGAGGGAGAACGCCGCGUCACCGAAGCGAUUACGCCCGAGAAGGACGUCGACGGCUUCCACGCCCACAACAUCGGCAAACUUGCUUCGCGUGCGUCCGACCCACUCUUCCUCCCUUGCACCCCUGCUGGUGUGAUGCGUCUCCUUGAUGAGGCAAAGGUAGAGAUCGCGGGUUCUCGCGCGGUCGUCCUCGGACGUAGCGAUAUCGUUGGCAGCCCCGUCGCAGCCAUGCUCAGGCGGCGGGAUGCGACCGUCACCCAAUGCCACAGCCGUACCAAGGGACUCGAGUCUAUCAUUAAGGAAGCUGAUAUUCUCGUCUGUGCAAUUGGCAAGGCCGAGUUCGUCCGCGGCGAAUGGCUCAAGCCCGGAGUCGCGCUCAUCGACGUCGGGACAAACUAUAUUCCAGGCGAGUACCACACUAAGAAGUCUGGUCAGCGUUUGGUGGGUGAUGUACACUUCGCGUCCUGCGCGGUCGUCGCUGGAUACAUCACCCCGGUCCCUGGUGGGGUAGGUCCGAUGACGGUAGCCAUGUUGAUGGAGAACACGCUUGUUGGUGCUGAGCGCCAGUGGGAGGCUGAGCGCAACCGCAAGGUUAUCCCUCUUCCUCUCGAUCUGCUUGAGAAGGUACCCAGCGAUAUCGAGAUCGCAAUGGCGCAGACCCCGAAGCAGAUCACCAAGCUUGCCCAUGAGAUUGGUGUCCUGCCUUCCGAGCUGGAGCCUUACGGUUCGUACAAAGCGAAGAUUGACCUCAGCAUUCUAGACCGUCUUGCUUCCCGCAAGAACGGCAAGUAUGUCAUUGUCGCCGGUAUCACCCCUACCCCACUCGGUGAGGGCAAGAGCACAACUACGAUCGGGCUGGCGCAAGCGAUUGGCGCACACCUCGGGAAGCCUAGUUUCGCCUGUGUGCGUCAACCCAGUCAGGGUCCUACGUUCGGUAUCAAGGGUGGAGCAGCCGGUGGAGGAUACUCCCAAGUCAUUCCCAUGGACGAGUUCAAUCUCCACUUGACCGGUGACAUACAUGCUGUCACAGCCGCCAACAACCUCUUGGCCGCCGCGCUCGACGCACGUAUGUUCCACGAAGCCACCACCCCUGACAAGUCCCUGUACACGCGUCUCGUGCCUACUAAGAAAGGUGUGCGUGAGUUCGCCCCGCUCAUGCUGAAGCGUCUGGAGAAACUCGGCAUUAACAAGACCGACCCGAAUGAUCUUACACCCGAGGAAGCGCGCAGGUUCUCUCGACUGGACCUGGAUCCUGAGACCAUCACCUGGAAUCGGGUGCUUGAUGUCAACGAUCGUUUCCUGCGCAAGAUCAAGAUCGGCAUGGCCGAUACGGAGAAGGGCCACGAGCGGAUCACUGCCUUCGACAUCUCUGUUGCUUCUGAGACCAUGGCCGUCUUGGCUCUCACCACCGAUCUGGCAGACAUGCGUGAGCGCCUGGGGAAGAUGGUCGUCGGUACGAGCACGCAGGGCGAUGCCGUCACCGCGGAUGACAUUGGUGUCGGUGGAGCCUUGACAGUGCUAAUGAAGGACGCGAUCAAGCCCAACAUGAUGCAAACCCUGGAAGGCACACCCGUGUUCGUCCACGCUGGACCUUUCGCCAAUAUCGCUCACGGCAACUCGUCCAUUCUUGCUGAUCGCGUGGCACUCAAGCUUGCUGGUAUAGACGAAGGAGACGAUCCCUCCCGCGUUGGGUACGUCUUUACCGAAGGUGGGUUCGGUGCGGACAUGGGUCUGGAGAAGUUCUGCAACAUCAAGUGCCGUGUGAGCGGGCUCGUUCCCGAUGCAGCCGUCAUCGUUGCCACCACCCGUGCGCUCAAGAUGCACGGCGGCGGGCCGGAGGUCGUCCCGGGCAAGCCUCUUGCGGAUACGUACACCAAGGAGAACCUGAAGACCCUCCAUGAGGGGACGAAGAACCUUGGUAAGCAUAUUCAGAACACAAAGAAGUUUGGGAUCAAGGUCAUCGUUGCCAUCAACCAGUUCACAACUGAUACUCCUGCUGAGAUCGAGCUCGUUCGUAAGGCUGCCCUGGAGUAUGGUGCCGAUGCUGCGGUCGCUUCCAACCACUGGGCGCAAGGCGGUCUGGGAGCUAUUGAUCUCGCCAAGGCCGUUGUGGAUGCUUGCGAGUCUGGCGAGCCGGACUUCAAGUUUACUUACCCGCUUGACAUCCCCAUUGCCAAGAAGAUCGAGGCGAUCUGCAAAGACGUUUACGGUGCUGAUGGGAUUGAGCUUAGUGAGCUUGCCUUGAAGCAGAUCGAGACGUACACUGCUCAGGGGUACGGGAACUUGCCGAUUUGCAUGGCCAAGACCCAGUAUUCCUUCUCUCACGAUCCCAAGCUGAAGAACGUACCGACGGGCUUCACGGUGCCCAUCCGUGCUGUCCGUCUCUCUGCUGGUGCAGGUUUCUUGUAUCCUCUCCUUGGUGACAUGCAGACUAUGCCUGGUCUCGGAACCAGGCCCGGCUUCUGGGAAGUCGGCCUCGACGUGGCGACUGGCCGUGUUGUUGGCCUUUUCUGAGCUCAACGCUCUCUCCCACGUUCAUAUUCCCUCCCACUUUUUUACGACAGUGUUUCCUCACUUUCUUGGAUAGACGUGGUAAAAGGGUGCCUUCAACAGGUCUAAUCUGGUCGUUCAACCGCAUUGUACUGUAUACCA